GAAUUGUAAUAUAAGCCUUCGCGCUGCGUUCGCGGACGCCAAUGCCGAUGGCGAUGGCGGCCGCGGCCGGUGACCCUUACCCGCGAGUGGAGGUGGUCGGGUCCAACCACCUGCGGCCGCGGCGCGGCCCGCCGAUCCCUGCGCCGUCGGCUGCCGUCGGCAAGCAGCUACCGUCCGGCGCGGUGCCGCGGCACUCGUACGUGUUCGACGGCGAGGGCGGGUUCUCGGAGGCGCCGUGGGGCCUCGCGGCGUCUUCGGGGACUGCUCGGCCCGGGGAGUUCACGUGGCACCAUGUCGAGCUACCGCGCGCAUUGCCGGGCGCGGGCUCGGCUGCCGCCAAGCCGCUCCACCACGCGCAGGCGCUGAUCGAGCUCCUGUGCCCGCCGCUCACGCUGCAGGAGAUCCUCGCGUUCGUCGCCACGGGCCCGCACUGCGCCACCGUCGCCGCGGACGGAGACAGUGGCGGCGGCGCGCUCCUGCUCCGCGUCAGCUCACCGGGGCCGGUCGGGAGCGCCUACGCGCUCCGCCUCGCCGCGCGGGUCACCGAGAGUUCCGUCGUCACCGUGUCCGUCGGCGGCGUCCCGCGGCUGGCGUUCGGGACCACGCAGGCAUCGCUCCUCUCUGAGGUGCCGCUCGGCGUCGCCGCGUCGCUCUCCGACGAGGGCCACGGCGGCGGGCGCGCCGUCGACGGCGGCGUCGUGAUCGAGGAGCGGCUGCUCGAGUCCCUGCUCGCGAUGAACCACGCCAACGGCGCGCACACCGACAACCCGGUGCCGCGGACCGUGUCCAACCUCCUCGUGCACGUCCUCGGCACGCACGUAGACCACGUCCACGACAUUGUCACGCGCCUCGAGAUGGACCUCGACAGCAUCGAGCUGCAGCUAGACAAAGGUGGUCACUUUAUGAGGAAGUUUUUGCUGGAUGGCAGGAGAUUCCCAAAAAUGCACCUUGAUUUACAACGCCUGCUUCAGGUUGUAUCUCACGGUGAACAAGUAUUCCCCCGUGUGAAGGAAAAAUGUGUGAGCAAGAGUUGGUUCGCAAGUGGAGACAUUGCUGCCCUUGAAUAUUUGAUAGGUCGCCUUAGGAGGCUCAAAGAAAACCUAGGAUUCAUAAAUAAUAGAGUGACCACACUUCAGGCUAGCCUCGAUAGCUGGCAAUCGGAGCAGAUAAGCAAAAGGCUGUACUAUCUUUCAUUUCUCUCCAUAGUAUUCCUUCCUCUAUCCAUUGUCAUUGGAGUUUUCGGGAUGAAUGUUGGCGGCGUUCCUUGGACCGAGCAGAAGAACCCUGAAAACAUAGACGGCUUCAUGAAUGUCAUGCUAAUUUGCAUUGCGAUCUUGUUGCUUCUGUUGCUUUGUUUCUUAUUUCCUUCAUUGUAUUCACAUGUAACGGCGUGGAGAACUCGCCGUGAGCUGACCAGGAGCAAUUCUCAGAACAAAAGACACCUGAAAGUCUUCAGAGAUCACAAAGAAGGCUACAUGCGUCUGUGACAAUACCAUUGCGAUCUGAGGUGUUUAUUUCAGCGGCAAGGGUAUGGACGGAGAUGUUGUGAAGUUAGUGAAAAAGAUCCUAGAUAGUCGACACAUGUACAGCUCUGAAGCACAACCUCCAUCAGAGGUUCUUAUCAUUGCUUAGAUUAUUUUUGUUGUAAUCUUGGUCUCUUGGAGAAACUUGUAAAGUCCGUGGCUGUCACUGUGACAUUCUUCGUCGAAAACGAGCCGUAAUACUUGACCAUUGUA